AUGACAAGCAUCGAUGAUCUAUUCAAGAAACCCGCAUUACCAAGCAACAAACGGAAAUUAGAAGCAGCUCCCGAUCCGAAUGAAAUCUACAAAUCCGCAAAACUAGCCCCCAACGGACACGCCAAAAGCAAUGGACGGACGGCAGCGGUUGAAUAUGCAGACGACGACAUAGAAGCUGGCCCAUCUAUGCCGCCCGACGAUGAAGACUACGAACCAGAUAUUCCAGACGACGACGAAGGGCGGUUUUUCGGUGGCGGAGUAACACAAGAAGAGAGUGAGGUACUGGAUUACUUGGGUGGCCAAGAACCUGCGGAAAUAAUACCGGAGAAGAUUGACUCGGCAUGGCUACGGAAACUGGCCCUCAAUUUCGAGAAAAGGAUUACGAAGAAUGCGGAGCUGAGAGCAAAGUUUGAGGAUGAGCCGCAGAGAUUUAUGGGUAGUGAGGCAGAUUUAGACGCGGAUAUCAAGGCCUUGAGCAUUUUAUCCGAGCAUCCUGAACUUUAUGAGGAGUUUGCGAAGUUAGGUUGUGUGGCAAGCUUGGUGGGCUUGCUAGCACACGAAAAUACGGAUAUUGCAAUUGGUGCCGUGGAGAUCAUUAGUGAGUUAACGGAUGAAGACGUGGAGGCCGAGCAAGAACAGUGGGAUGCGAUUGUGGAUGCGAUGGUCGAAGCUGACCUGCUUGAUCUGCUUGUUUCGAAUUUUGCCCGCUUCAAUGAGGACAACGAGUCCGACAGAAGUGGUGUCUAUCAUGCUCUAGGUGUGCUGGAAAAUCUUGCAUCACGAGUUUCGUUGGCGGAGAAGAUUGGCCAAGAUACCACGGUCCUAAAAGGGCUAUUGGAUCGAAUACGGAAGAAAGAAUCGGCAGUCAGUCAAAACAAGCAAUACGCAGCGGAAGUUCUCGCCAUCCUCCUACAAUCUUCCCAAGUUAACCGAACGAAGCUGUGUGGCCUCGAUGGAGUAGACAUCCUGCUCGAAUUGCUCGCGCCUUACCGAAAAAGAGAUCCCAUAAAAGGGACCGAAGAAGAGGAAUUUGUGGAAAAUAUUUUCGACUCGUUAACCUGCGUUGUGGAUGAACCCGAAGGCAAGCAAAAAUUCGUUGAGGCAGAAGGCGUCGAGCUGUGCUUAAUAAUGAGUCGUGAAGGCAAGAUGAGCAAAUCUCGCGCCCUGCGACUCUUAGACCAUGCAUUAGGCGGUCAAGGGGGCGCGGAAGUGUGUGAGAGGUUGGUUGAUGCUGCAGGGCUUAAAGUUGUGUUUGGAAUGUUUAUGAAGAAGCAAGACGGACAAACUACGGAACAUCUCCUGGGAAUAUUCUCUUCUUUACUCCGUUCUUUGCCUGCGAAUUCGGCGAGCCGCAUUCGCACCCUCGCCAAGUUCGUUGAGAAGGACUACCAGAAGCUGACAAAUUUGGUAAAGUUGAGGCGAGACUAUGCUGCGAGGGUAGGCGUCGUCGAUGAGGAAAUCAGAAAUGAGCAAACAAAAGUUAGUGCCGAGGAGCGUGAGGAAAUGGCGGACGAAUGGCUGUCCAAACGACUGGAUGCAGGCUUGUUCUGCUUACAGACCGUUGAUGUUAUUUUAGCCUGGUUGGUUGCUGAGGAUGAUGGAGCCGCAAAACGGAUCAGUUUACUACUGGCGGAGAGAGAUGAGACUCUAACAGUGCUAAAGAAGACUAUCCAAGAGCAAUUGGACACCAUCCAAGGAGACUCAGAGGAAGAAACUGUGACGAAAGAUAUGCUUAGCACGCUAGCACAGUUCUUGACAUAA